CAAUACCAAUACCAUGGAAAGUAUAUAACAACGCGCAGUCGGCUAUUUUGAUAUCUGUUACCGGUCUGACAUUAUGCGUGUCGAAGAAGGAUUCCAGCAGCCUCCUUUUGUUGAAGGAAAUGCUUUCACUACGGACCCAGCAUUGCCCUCUCUUUUGAAGAGGAUUCUUCCGGUAGACGUGCAGAAGGAUAUUCUGCCUGAUCUUGUUCGCUUUGGUGAAGAAGUGGUUACCAACAUAAGAGCCUGGGGUCCUUAUGUGUCGAACCCUCAAGUCGUCCAAUAUGAUCAGUGGGGCCGUCAUGUUAACGAGCUUCGAACCAGCGAGGGUUUCCGGGAACUCAAGGCUGCCGCCCAGCGCGAAGGCCUUCCUGGCAUCUUUUACGAACGCACGUAUGGUGAAUACAGUCGGAUCUAUGGUUUUGCAAAAGCCACCCUGAUGAGUGGAGAUGAACAUACGGUCUUUUGUCCAUUGAGUAUGACCGAUGGUGCAGCCAGAGUCAUUGAACUGAUGGGUACGAAGGGUAUGAAGGAGCAUGUGUUUCCGCGUUUGAUUAGCCGAGACCCUUCUUUAGCAUAUGUAUCCGGCCAGUGGAUGACUGAGCGACCAGGAGGUUCGGAUGUUUCUCAAACAGAAACCGUAGCGGCUUCUACUGGGACCGAGCAUACACUCGGGUUACAAUAUUCUCUAAACGGAUUUAAGUGGUUCUCUAGUGCCACGGAGAGUGACGUUGCCGUAGCACUUGCUAGAACCGGUAAACUCGAAGACGUUUCACGGGGCCUUUCUCUGUUUCUGGUUCCCCUGCGAGUGCCCUUGCUCCGCCGACCUUCCGACCCCCGUCCUGACGCAGCCAGUAAUAAGGUAUACUUACAUCGUCUGAAGACAAAAAUUGGCACGCAUGCCUUGCCCACUGCCGAACUCUCGCUCGAAGGUUCAGAGGCGUAUCUUGUCGGCGAACUCAACCAAGGUGUCAAAAGCAUCGCUCCUGUCUUGAACAUCACCCGUCUAUGGUCUUCCAUAGCGUCACUUGGUAGUCUGCGCCGAUGUCUCGCUAUCGCUACGUCUUACGCGGACGUACGUCGAAUUCAAAGUGGGACAGGACUCUUGCGAGAUACGCCGUUGCAUGUGGCACAGCUGGCGGAUAUCAGCUUAACGUACAGAGCCCUCAUGCAUCUCACCUUUGGCGUCAUUCGACUGAUGGGCAAAGCGGAAUGCCAAGUGGCUACACCGGAAGAAGAGAGGUUGGUGAGGAUGUUGACACCAACGGUGAAGGCAUUCAAUGCGGAAAGGGCUUGCGCGGCGAUGGAAGAAGCCAUGGUCACCCUUGGUGGAGCAGGCUAUAUGGAAGAGAAUCAGAUAGGGAGGCUUAUCAGAGAUCGCCUAGUGGAAAAAAUAUGGGAAGGGACCGUGACAGUACUGUCCUUGGAUGUUGUCCGAGCGGUUAGAGACCCUUUGGUGCUCAUAGCCUUCACGACAUGGGCGCAGUCAGUGAUGGCUUCUUGCCCGGACGAUCUUAGGGUCCGUAUCAUCGACGCCUUGGAUACGCUGAAGCACUCUGUAGAUGGCGCAGCAUUAGCUUACAAGGCCCAAAUACCGUCCCUCCUACCUAGGCACGCAUUGAUUCUACUCGGAAACGUGGCAUCGAGUCUGUUUCUUCUGGAACACGCAAUAUGGUCACAUAAGACAAAUCAGGAUGAAGCACAGACGGACUCGGAGGUUUUCAAAAGAUGGGUCCUGGAAGGCGGAUCAUUGACCGCCCUACGUGGCGUCCAGAUCAUCCAGGGUGCGACUGCCGAAAGGGAAGCUGCAAACACUGCAAUUGUGUUUGGGACGGAUGCCGCAAAGUUUAGAGCGAAAUUGUAAUGUCUCGUUUCUGAACAUAUUCUGGGUUGAUUUUGGUCACUCGAUGAACCUUAGUGGCUCGAAUUACUACGUCUUUUGUUAAUACCGCGACAUGCGCGAUUUAUUGGACUGCUGUGUUAGUAAUACCAAUAGGCUCGAAUCAGUGCCAGUCACUUGAUUGGUAAUUGCGCGAUUUUAUGGAUGCAGUCAGGGCUGUGCGCGAUUUAGUGGAUAUACUGAUUAC